CGCCCAGUCCCGACUCCGGGCCCCGGCCCCGCGCGCCCCGGCCCGGCCCCGGCCCGGCCCCGCGAGGUCUCACGCGGAAGAUGGCCGGCGGCGUGGACGGCCCCAUCGGGAUCCCGUUCCCCGACCACAGCAGUGACAUCCUGAGCGGGCUGAAUGAGCAGCGCACGCAGGGCCUGCUGUGCGACGUGGUCAUCCUGGUGGAGGGCCGCGAGUUCCCCACGCACCGCUCCGUGCUGGCCGCCUGCAGCCAGUACUUCAAGAAGCUGUUCACGUCGGGCGCGGUCGUGGACCAGCAGAACGUGUACGAGAUCGACUUCGUCAGCGCCGAGGCGCUCACCGCGCUCAUGGACUUCGCCUACACGGCCACGCUCACGGUCAGCACGGCCAACGUGGGCGACAUCCUCAGCGCCGCCCGCCUGCUGGAGAUCCCCGCCGUGAGCCACGUGUGCGCCGACCUCCUGGACCGGCAGAUCCUGGCGGCGGAUGCGGGCGCCGAUGCGGGCCAGCUGGAGCUGGUGGACCAGGUGGGCCAGCGCAACCUGCUGCGGGCCAAGGAGUACCUGGAGUUCUUCCAGAGCAACCCCAUGAACAGCCUGCCCCCUGCCGCCGCCGCCGCCUUCCCCUGGCCGGCCUUCGGGGCCUCCGAGGAUGACCUGGAUGCCACCAAGGAGGCCGUGGCCGCUGCCGUGGCCGCCGUGGCCGCCGGUGACUGCAACGGCCUGGACUUCUACGGACCAGGGCCCCCGGCCGAGCGGCCCCCGGCCGGAGACGGGGACGAGGGCGACAGCAACCCGGGCCUGUGGCCAGAGCGGGAUGAGGACGCCCCCACCGGGGGUCUCUUUCCUCCACCGGCGGCGCCCCCGGCCACCACGCAGAACGGCCACUACAGCCGGGGUGGGGAGGAGGAGGCGGCCUCGCUGUCGGAGGCCGCCCCCGAGCCGGGCGACUCUCCGGGCUUCCUGUCGGGCGCAGCCGAGGGCGAGGACGGGGACGCGCCUGACGUGGACGGGCUGGCGGCCAGCACGCUGCUGCAGCAGAUGAUGUCCUCGGUGGGCCGGACCGGGGACAGCGACGAGGAGUCGCGGGCGGACGACAAGGGCGUCAUGGACUACUACCUGAAGUACUUCAGCAGCGCCCACGAGGGGGACGUCUACCCCGCCUGGUCUCAGAAGGGGGAGAAGAAGAUCCGCGCCAAGGCCUUCCAGAAGUGCCCCAUCUGCGAGAAGGUCAUCCAGGGCGCCGGCAAGCUGCCGCGGCACAUCCGCACCCACACGGGCGAGAAGCCCUACGAGUGCAGCAUCUGCAAGGUCCGCUUCACCAGGCAGGACAAGCUCAAGGUGCACAUGCGGAAGCACACGGGGGAGAAGCCCUACCUGUGCCAGCAGUGCGGCGCCGCCUUCGCGCACAACUACGACCUCAAGAACCACAUGCGCGUGCACACGGGGCUGCGGCCCUACCAGUGCGACAGCUGCUGCAAGACCUUCGUGCGCUCCGACCACCUGCACAGGCACCUCAAGAAGGACGGCUGCAACGGCGUCCCCUCGCGCCGAGGCCGCAAGCCCCGCGUGCGGGGCGGCCCCGAGCCCCCGGCCCCUGGGCCCGCCGCGCCCCCCGGCGCCCCCGCUGCGCCCGGCUCCCCCGACGCCCGGCGCAACGGCCAGGAGAAGCACUUUAAGGACCAGGACGAGGACGAGGACGAGGCCAGCCCCGACAGCUCGGGCCGGUUGAAUGUAGCGGGCGCUGGCGGUGGAGACGACAGCGGAGGCGGCCCCGGGGCCACCACCGACGGUAACUUCACAGCUGGACUCGCCUAAAACCAAAAAAGAGAACGAACCGCCGACCCCGACCCCCACGCAGACCCCCUCCAGACACGCGGGCCGCCCGCCGGCCAGCUUCGCCUCCCUCUGCCCCCACCCGCCGGCCGCGGGGCGCCCACCUGCCCACGGCGGGGGGCGGCCGGCUCUGGCCAGGCGGGCGGCGAGCUGGGGCCGGGCCAGCUGUCCUCUGCCCCCCGCGCGGGGUUCUAGCGUCUUUCAGACGAGACCUUAAAUGAUUUCUGUCUGCUCUGAGCGGACGUUAAAUGGCCCGUCCCCUCCCCACCCUCCUUCCUCAGGGCACUUACCAAGGGGGGGACUCCCCCUCGCUGUCCCCAGCGCCCCCGCCUCCCACCCCGCCUGUGGCCUCGCAGCUCCGCACGUCCUGGCCUCGAGACUCGGAUCUAUUUAUUUCCAGGCCUGGGGCGGGGGUGCCUGGAGCUCCCGGCCUCUGCCACCUUCCUUUAGGCUCAGAGCCGGUGGCCCGGGGUCCACCCCUCGGGGACGCCCCAGGCCCCCAGAACCCCAUGUUUGGAGAUUCAAAACUUGUCUCGACCCUCCCCCCCCCCCCCCCGCCCCCGCCCUUCUCCCAAGUUUUUAAAGCACUUUUUAGAUUUUCU